AUGAUCCCGUACGCGACGGCGGCGGAGGCCGAGGGGGCGCUGGGGCGACCGAUGACGUGGGCGGAGGCUGCGUGGUUCCGGUACUCUUCUGCGACGCCGGACUACUGCCUCCAUUUCCACACUGUGAUCCUCCUGUCUGUUGUCUACACGCUGGUACCACUUCCUCUCGCGCUGCUGGAGCUCCGGACCUCAGCGAAGCAAACCUCGCCGCCAUACAAGCUGCAGCCCCGGGUGCGGCGGACGCCGGCCGACUUCAUCCGCUGCUACAAGAACACGGUGCGCGUCGUGGCCCCCGCCGCCGGCGCGCUUCAGCUCCACUACUACAAAAUAGAUCUUUCUUUCAGGCCAUUUGUCCCGAUGGUGGGGAUCCGGACGGGUCUGCCAUUGCCGUCGGUGGGGGAGACGGCGGCGCAGCUGCUGGUCUACUUCCUCGUGGAAGACUACCAGGCCUACUGGGUCCACCGGCUUCUGCACACGGCAUGGGCCUACGACAAGAUCCAUCGUGUCCACCACGAGUACACGGCACCCAUCGGCUUCGCCGCGCCGUACGCGCACUGGGCGGAGGUGCUCAUCCUCGGCGUUGUGGCCUUCGCUAGCCCGGCCAUGGUGCCCUGCCACGUGACCACCUUCUGGCUCUGGUUCGCCCUAGGCGGCAUCCAGUCCAUCGACACGCACAGCGGGUUCAGCUUCCCCUUGAGCCCAACCAGGUUCAUCCCGUUUUACGGCGGCGCGCAACACCACGACUUCCAUCACUACACGGGAAGGCACACCCAAAGCAAUUUCGCCUUCAUUUUUACCUUUUGUGACUAUAUCUAUGGGACGAAUAAAGUAAUGUUGUCAUUUGCAGUAUUUAUCUUAUUCACUAAAACACUAUUGGAGCUACCUCGAAUCAACUACCUAUGCAUGGAACAUAAUGUAUUUGCGUUUCCUCAUGUGUUUCAGGGUUACAGAUUACCAUAGCUAAGG